UCUGUCUUCUGCUCUCGCCGGUCAGUGAUAAAUUUAUCUUUAGCCGCAAAUCCUGAAUGCCAAAUCGCUCCUUCUUCCUUUUCAAAGUUAAUCUGACCAUCUCUUUGUAGUACUGAAAACUCAUACCAGACAUCGCUCUGUCCCCUGGAGAGUCGACCGUGUCUGGGAUGUAGGUGCACCUUUGGCUCUUAUCUGAUUAUUCUAAUCGUCGCAAGUUAACAUUCCAAAUGGAUUCCAUCCCACGAUGCGAUAACUUUGACCAGUUAUCUGAUACUCAACCCCUUGCCUUGCCUCUCGAUGCUGCCGCGUAUUUACGCUACGGAAGGCAGCUCGACAAAUCAGAGACGGAACUUUGUUCAGAUAUCAUCAUCGGGUUGAAGAAGAAGAUAUCACAAUCCGACGCAGAAAUAUCUCGACUGAACACCGCGUUGGAGAAACUCAAAACCGGUCGACAGUCCCUCACGAGUUAUAUGAAAAAAUUCGAAUCCCUUCUGUCCCCGAUUCGCAGGCUGCCUUGUGAUGUACUCCAGGAUAUAUUCGAAUUCGUCUGCACCUCUAUAUCCUACGACGCCUUCCUCUCUCGCGACGGCAUGCCAUUAGUAUCUACUACCCCCUUCUAUCUUUCCUCUGUCUGCGCUUAUUGGCGUGACGUCUGCCUGUCGUUUCCCCCGCUCUGGAAAUCCAUCCUUGUCAAUGUUGGCUCUCACGACACCCCUCCACAGUUCCAGAAUAUAAUGAAGUUAUACGAACAGCGCUCAGGCGAGCACCUCUUGAAUCUACAAAUGUCAGUGGAACUUUGCAAGGGCACCAAGGCCCAAAGAUCGGGUUUUAACAGUGUCCAGCGGGACCUGGGCUCUGCCAUGGAUACAUUGUUCGAAUUCCCAGAACUCGAAAAUCUUGAGUUUUCAGCCGCCGCCGGACUGAGCUUCUCCGUGCAGCCCCCAGUCAAACUGUUCGAAUACGCCCCUAAAAUACAUACCCUUGCAGUCAAUACCUUCCAGGGGUCGUGUUUUCGUUUACCAGAUGAACAGAUCACUACCAUCUACUUCGCGAAUAUUCCUUCGUUCGCCUACCCAACAAGGUCUUACGACUUCCCCAACGCCACGACUGCGACCUUCAGAGGAUGCGGUUAUCUGACAUUCGGGGAUGUUGAAUUUCCCUUCCAGAGGCUCAUUCUCCAAGAUAGCCUCCCAGUCUUUCAUUGGAUGGGUUCAAUGCCCCAGCUAGCGUCUUUGGAGCUUAUCGAUAUCGACUGCACAAACAGCAGUGAAUCUGAUGAUAUGAAGAACACAAUUUGCGAUUUAGAAAAAUACAUCUCAAAAUCCCCCCUUCUCACGGAGCUCGUGUUGAACGCACUUACUAUCGGGCAUCCCGAAAUGCUCUCCCUCCUUCAUGCAGUUCCUCAACUCAGACGGUUAUCUAUCGUUGAAGGGAUUGAUACGCGUAUCAGAGUUGUUUUCCCCAAGCUCAUCAAGGAACUCGGUGAUGCGGAGGUGCUGCAGGAGCUAGAGCAUCUGCAGCUCGUCUGGUCAGGCGAGGUGGAUGAGAGUGCGAUCUUGGACAUAUUGGAAAAGCGAGUGUUGAAGUCUGCCGCCAUCGGCGUUCGGAAGGGAGGCGAGCUCAGACCGGACACUCUGUCUCGCGUCGACGCUCUUCGAAAGUCUGGUACACAGGUGGCGCUCUGGUAGAAAGAUCUUAUAUUUGUUAUGGAAUCCCAAACGAAACGCCCGGCGCGGUGUGGUGUAACUGCUUUGUAUUAUAUCUUAUAUCAUGGACCAGAAUGUUCUCCCCUCGACAUCUUUUGUUUUUGAGGUAUGCAGAUCACCGAAGAGACGGUGAGCGGUGUAAUGGAUACUCAGUCACUGCUCCUAUAGUCUGUGAUGACUUCGGGUCGAAGUGGGACCAUUUAUAGGCGCACACAAUGCUCGAGUACUGGUCUAGGUCGAACGAUGUCAUGAAGUAUAAAUGCCGGACUUGUCAAAGGCUUUGAAUAUCUAGCUAGCCACCAUUAAUAAUUAGUUAACGGGC